AUGGCGGAAACCGACGGCUCGCUUGCAGAUGACAGCGGCGCGAAGGCGACGACGGAGACUGCCGCCGCCGUUAAGAUCGAUCCCAUGACGGGGGACUCGAGUGUGGAAGAAAGGGAGGAGACGGUGUUCGAUCUCCUGCGCCGCUUUGGGGGGGGGGUCUUCCUCGCCGACGCCGCAGGCCAGCAGCCGCCGCCGCCCCUCGCGCAUCGCAUGCGGUUUGCUUUCGCCGAGAACGUCCCGCGGGUCCAGCAAGCCUGCAGGAACUCCGGCCGCAGAGUCCUCCUCUGGACCAGGCGCGGCAGCCCCCUGAGGGCCCUCCUCGUCAUCUCGGUCAGUAAAAAAAUACCUUGAAAGUCCAUAAUUUACGGUGUUGAUGAUGCAGUAUUUGAGUCCAUAUCUCCUCGGAAUGCACACCAGCUGAUUGAUAAAGUGCCCAAGAGGGGGGGAAAGGGGGGCAGCUCAUCGAACUAGCCCAAAGUAUUCUUCCUUCUCCAUGGGAAAUAUAUAUUGAUAAAUUAUGUGAACCCAUAUGAAAAGAAAACCAGUUGUGAGAACAAGAAGGGAAAUUUCGCAGUCGGGAUUUCUUCCCACUCUCAGAAAACUCUCCGUUCCAGGUAUUUACAUCCCGGAAUUUCCAUCUCCAGUGCGGCUCCUCCAGAUGUCUACCGUGAUCCCUUCCUUAUUCAAGAACAUCGCAUGCCAAAUUUCAUGCAAGAAGAAGAUCCCAUGGCCCGGUCUGAAAAGGGUGCCAAUCAUGGGAACUGUUGCGGAAUUUCUCGACUGGGGUUCUCUGUUGCUUUUAAAAUGCUCUAGAUUUGAUCUUCGGAUUUUCUGAAGAACAAUAUUUUUUUCUAAAUUUAAAAGCUUUCUUGGUUUGAUGACAUUAUACUAUCCACCGAUCCUUCAUUGAUCCAGCUCACAAUGACGAUGGAUCUGAUACGAGCUUUUGUCGAGAGUGUUGAUUUCUGCUAUAUGGUGCCCAUUUUAUUUGAACUGAUAUUUGAUUUUUGUGAUAAUUUCCAGGUUGGGACGAUCACCCUGCUCGCUCUGACAGGAUUGGCGGUGUUCAUACUUUUCUUCUUGGCUGCAACUCUGAACGCCAUCAUCAUCUCCUUGCUCAUGUCAUUGGCUGCCGCAGGAGGGUUCUUGGCUCUUUUCUUCGGCUGUUUAGUAGCUACUUACAUUGGAGCCUUGUCAGUUGCUGUGUUCAUCAUCUCCAUCACAACCAUUGCAACCAUCAUCGCUGUCCUUAUUGCUGCAGGUGUUUUUUCAGAAUUCUAAAUUCAUAAUGCUUUUUGGCUGUCUUACCCGGUUCAAUUUUUUUAAUGACAGAACUAGCUUCUUAUCACGCUUUAUUCACAUUUCCUGAAAUGAACUGUCACAUAACAUUCCUAUUGUUAUAUGUUCUUUUACCUUCUGCAGAUAGUUACUAAUUACAGCAGCAUUAAUCAAUCACAACCAUGGCAAUUUCAAUGUUAUGCAGAUUGUAUUCAAUUUCCUUGAGAGAAAAGUCAAUAUGAUCAAUCUUUAAAUAGGUUGUUAUUCAUGGCCUGUAGCUUUUUCGCCGAUUCGGUUUGACCAAUGUUGAGAUUUUAAUGUUUAUUUUUAAAUUUUUUGUUUGAUUUUGAACUUCGCUGUCAUUGGGUUUCCAAUGUGUUCAUCCAUGAUCAUGUUCCUUUUAUUGGUGUUCAAUUACAAUCAUCUCUUUAGAAUUAUCAUGAUACUGUUCCUAAUCCCUUGGAAGAAAAUGGGUAACAAAUUUUAAAAUUGCAGGAUGGAUUGGAUUCUUGUGGGCUAUUCACCUACUUGCUAAGAAGGGGAUGGAUAUCGUCAGGCAAUCACUGAGCAUGACUGGGUCAGCACUCUCGGCAUACUGCACUUCUCCGCAAGCUCACCACAAGGAAUCCAAGGAAAACUGA